UACGGGCUCACAGAACUUUCAAGCAGAAAAGGUCAUCUAUUGCAAUCUCUUUGUUUCAUAGAUUAAGGAUACUAGGCUCAGAGGAGUUAAUCUUUUGGAACUAACUCAUUCUAAAUUCCAUGAUUGUUCACUAUCAAUAAGGAAUCUUAACCAUGUUUUUGCCUGAUUUAUCUGUCUACUGUAGUAAUAUGGGAGCUCAUACUAUACAGUAUUCUAUUUCACAGAUGAGAAGCUGCAGCAUAAGGAAGGUAACUCAUUUUUUGAAGGCCACACAAUGCCAAGUGUCAGGUCUUUUGAUGCUCUGAGCACUUUGCUCCUGUUAUAACUUGGCAGUAAAACCACCAAUGACAGUGUCAUAAAAAUGAGUAAAUAACAAAGUUGAAACUCAGGGGAAUACAAAACUUGGUGGUAUCUUUUCAACUUGAAUCUUUCUAAACACAAAAUACCUUUAGGACUAACUUUAAAUCACUCUAACAAUAUAUCUUUUAAAGUAUGCAUUCUCAAUAUUAUAUACUUUAACUUGCAAAGUGAAUUUGCUAAUAUUUAAAUUUUUCAAGAGUAAUUAAGAAACACAAAGGUUAAACAACGCACUUUAUUUGUUACGAUAAAAAAGUCAAAGAUGACUUUAAGAAAUUAUUCUUCUAGUCAAUCUUUUGCUAAGGAAGUCUAGUUUUUUUUAAUCACGUGUUCACUAGGUACAAAGGUUAAAACAUAAGUGAAAUGUAAUCAUAUGACAUACUUUUUUUUAAUGGUGUAGAAGAAACAGUAGACUCCUUAGCACACAAAUCUCAGAGACAAAAGAAAAAAGUAAAGGCUUGCGAUAUGAAAACUACAUGCAUCACAAUCUUGUUUUGGCCCCUCUCCAUGCUAUUGUUAUCAGACAACAGCCAGUCUUCUAGAACAGAAGUCAAAUAUAAUUUCACUGAAAUGAAUUAUUCGUUAAUUCCAGUGGAUAUCAAUAAAAACAUUACUAUACUUGAUCUCAGUUAUAACCAAAUUUCUCUGAAUGUUACAGACACAAGGGUUCUACAGACCUAUUUUUUACUCACUGAACUCUAUUUAAUUGAGAACAAUAUCAUUAUGUUAUAUAAUAACAGCUUUGGUAACCUCUCCAACCUAGAAAUUUUAAAUAUUUGUACAAACUCCAUCCACAUAAUUCAACAGGGUGCGUUCAUAGGCUUAAAUAAACUAAAACAGUUACAUCUCUGUCAAAACAAAAUAUUUCAACUGAAUCCUGAUAUAUUUGUGCCUCUAAAAAACCUAAUACUUCUGAAUCUGCAAGGCAAUUUGAUAAGCUAUUUUGAUGUACCACGAAUGUUUCAUCUGGAAUUAAUAAUUUUAUAUGGAAAUCCAUGGAACUGCUCUUGUAGUCUACUGAAUUUGCAGAAAUGGUUGAACACCUCAAAUGUGACACUAGAAAAUGAGAACAUCACCACAUGUGCCUACCCAGAUAUCCUGAAACGCUAUAGUAUCACAACUGUACCAUACAAUGCUGAAUGCUACUCAAAAUUUUCUCCACCUAUAAAUGAAGAUCUUUAUAACCACUCUCAGUCCAUUAACAAUUCAACAUUUAACAGCUCUUUGAACAACUUAAAAAAUUCAGAACAUACACUUCUUGGAAAAAGCUGGGCUUUUCUUCUCGGUGUGGUAGUCACUGUACUGAUGACUUCAUUCCUCAUUUUUAUUGCUAUCAAAUGCCCAAUAUGGUAUAAUUUUCUGCUUAGUUACAAUCAUCAUCGCCUGGAAGAGCAUGAAGCAGAAACCUAUGAAGAUGGUUUUACUGGAAAUUCAAGUUCUCUUUCACAAGCCUCACAUACAAACUCUGAAGAAACUACAGUAAUAUUUGAACAACUACAUUCAUUUGUAAUAGACAAUGAUGGGUUUAUUGAAGACAAAUAUAUAGAUACUCAUGAAUUACGUGAAGAAAAUUAA